AUGGCUACAGCGAUCAACAAGCCCAUGGGCAUGAGCUCGGCCCAGGUUAUUCGCGACUGCCAGACAUACUUCAACCCCUCCAAUUUCUUCCGCCCCCUGAUCCAGCAUGAGGCCGACAUCCGCGCCCGCGAGUCCAAUGCCGCCCACCGCCGGCGCAGCAAGGCCAAGCGUGACUCUCGCGUCAAGAUGGGCCACGGCGGAACGCUCGAUCCCCUGGCCACCGGUGUGCUCAUCCUCGGCGUCGGCCACGGCACCAAGGAACUCAACAAGUUCCUCACAUGCACAAAGACGUACGAAACUGUCGUGCUGUUCGGUGCCAGCACAGACACGUACGACCGGGUGGGCCGCAUCCUGACGCGGCGGCCGUACGACGAGAUCACAAAAGAAAAAGUGGAGGAGGCCCUAAACGACUUUCGGGGGACGUUUCGGCAGAUGCCGCCACUGUACUCGGCCCUGAAAAUGAACGGCAAGCCGCUGUACGAGUACGCCCGCGAGGGCCUCUCCAUCCCGCGGGAGAUUGAGACGCGCGAGGUCGAGGUCUCGGACCUAGAGCUGGUCGAGUGGUACGGGCCCGGCGAGCACGACCACCGCUGGCCGGCCGAAGAGGCAGGCAUGGCUGAGCAGUCGCUGGCCGAGAGGGUCUGGCGCCAGGGCAAGGAGCAGGCAACCGGCAAGAAAAUGACGCCGGAAGAAGAGAAGAGCGACAUUGAGGCGCUCGCGGCACAUGAGGCCUUUAAGCGGCGCGCCGAGGAGAAGCAGGACGAGCUGGUCUUUGACAAGCCAAGCAAACGGCGGCGCGGCACGGGCGGCGUUGUGCUGGACCACCACGGCAAGCGGAGGAAGUCCAGCGAAGACACCCUGAUGAUGUCGGGCGCGCUGGGUGAGCUGCCCUCGUCGCCGUACGACAAAACCAGCAGUGCCAACCCCUCCGAGGCCGAAGCCGAGGCGGAAGCGUCUCCCAAGCCCGUCGUUGGCACGAAAUUGGACGGCGCCGCAGGCCGCGAACUCAAGAUGCAGGUGCCCGGUGGCCGUGGCUCGAACCUGAUUCCAACGACACCGCCUGCGCUCCACACGCCGCCUCCAUGGGAGGGAAAGGGUCCGCCGGCGGCCCGGAUUCGCCUGACCGUCAGCUCCGGGUUCUACGUCCGCAGCUUCUGCCACGACUUGGGCGUCAAGGUAUCGUCCGCAGCCAUGAUGGCUGAGCUUGCGCGCACACGACAGUCGGACUUUCGAGUCGGCUCGGCUAAUGUCCUAGAGUACGACGACAUCUCCAAGGGUGAGACAGUUUGGGCGCCCAAGGUCGAGCGGCUUUUGCGGCUGUGGAAGGACGGUACCGUGGAGAAGGGUGCCGACGCGAGCUUUGAACAGGUUGUUGCAGGCCAAGAAAGCGCCGAGACCAAGGAUGCCCCGGUGGAGAUGGCACAGCCGGCGGACAAGGAGAAGCCGAAGACCGAAGACGACGGCCAGCCAUCGGCUGUGUUCCCAACGCCGGCGAAUGCCAACGCAGAAAAGGAUGAGGAAGAGUGGAAUGGCAUCGAGGAUGACGAGAAGGUCGAGGCAUCGACGACAACAUCUGUGUAG